AUGCCACUGGUUGCCUAUCCUGCCAAGCAGACAUUUCGCGUGUUGUCGGAUCCAAUAGUAACACCAGUGACGGAUGAGUUCCCAACAGAUGAACAGGAAGAACAACAAGCAGGAAUAGAUAAGAAGACACAAAAAACUGGCAAAAGAUUCAAGCCUGGAGCCCAAGAGCUUAGUGUAGACUAUGCAGCGAAAAAGCAUAAAAAGGGAGCAGAAAGAUGUGUUUCAAAUCCCAUCGUCACUCCAGUGUCAGAUGAAUUCCCCUCAGAAGAGGAGGAGAAAGGUUUAGAUCCGAAAGAAAAAGAAAAAAAGGAUAAGGAACCGAAGAAAGACGUAGCAAUGAAGGAGGACUAG